AACAAAAUAGAAAGAAUCCAAUUAGUAAAGCAAGUUCUCGAACUCAGAGGAUCACUGUCCAUUAGCACCCCCUGAGUUGGCACAACUUGUUGCAUAAUAUGGCUAAUGUAAAGCCAAUUGUCGCUACAGUGGAAAGCAUCGGGCGUUUAUGUCGUUAGGGGGAGUGAGAUUAUAUUUCCAUAUUAGGACGGUUCAACAUCAUCUCAUUCAUACUCGAAGGGGCAAGCAUAGCCCCCUAGCAACAAUUCAAACCCGGAGCUCAACCGCUCGAAGAGACUAUGAAGUUUGGCAAACUAUCGUGAACUUCCCCAUUCCAACGUUUGGCACUCACAGACAUCCCUGGGGGAUCCGUCUAGAACCGCCGCUUACCCGCCCCAAACAGAAAGCAGUGCCUAUGCGCUCCCCUUCCAGCUUAGCGCCUGGGCACCGGAGCAUCUGGGCUGGACCCCGCCGGAGCUACCCCUCACGCCCACCUGCGUGCGACCCCACUGCAAGUAAAGUCGCGAACCCUCAAAUGCCGAUCAAGUUGUGCCAGAGGCGCAGGCGCUCCGUCGGCUCCAGGCCGUAUUCGCAAAGGUGCCAAAAGGAAGAGCUUAGGCGGUGGCCUGUGUGCAUGUGUCCUGUGUGUGGUGUGCCCUGCGUGUCGCAUGAUGGGAAGAUCCCGCGUUGCCCAGCUUCUUGACCUGCGUUUUCCCGUCUUCUGUCCUGUUGUGUUGUGCAGUAUUCCCCUUUGUCUUGAUUGAUACGCAUUGAUUUACUUGCAAUUGAGCAUCG